AUGGCAUUCUCCGUACAAGACCCUCUUGCCGAAGCUUCGACAGCCGAGAUCACGAGGUCCUGCCUUGAAAAAUUGCAACAAUGCAUUCAUCAGAAAGAGGGCGAGGACAAGACACAUCUUCAAACCAGACUUGCAGAUUUGAGGCUCUGGUCUGACAGCGUUGGGGCCACAGCUCGGGAGAAGGCUUCUCUAGACGCGAGGUUCAAGCACCGGCUCGACGACAUCUAUUCCAUCCAAAGCCUCCUCCACAUGCUAGAGGGCUUUCUGCGGGAAUGCCUCAUCGCGGCAGGCAACGAUGUCCAUCUACGAAAUGUAAUCAUGAACAUUGACUCGACGAUAGAUAGCCUGGCCUUUAUAGGCGUACAAAUUCGGCGGAGUGGCCAGACGCCCCGGCUUCGAAUAGUAGAUGGUUCCUUUGAGCGAAACCGGGACAAUUACCAGAAGCUCCGAGCACAUCUCGCCUGCGUUAUUGCGUCGAAACCGACCGAAGGCGGCAGGCCCACAGACGAGGGCAAGGAGAUACACAGCAUAGAUUACUUUGCAGAACUGGAGCUCUCGCCAAUCCAGCAUCGCCUCGUCGAGGCGAACUUGCGACGGCGACACAGAUUUACGGAAGCGCAGCGGCACUCCCAGGGGCUGCUAGACUACUCCACGAACGCUUCUCAUCCCGUGAUCCCACAAGAAGUCUCCGCCUUGGCCAGGACCCAUCCCGACCAGGAAAACAAGCCCAUCACCCAAAUCCGGCAGAUGCAAGCGCGCGCGGCUGGUGCGGCAAAUGAAGCACCCACAUGGACGUCGGCUUCAGGCCUCGAUUCCAAAUGGGGAGGAUUUCGAAAUAAUCGUCGGCCGGGAUCGACAGUGACAAGCAUCACGGCCAUCACAGCUUCAGCGACGUAUCCCAAGGUGCGCGUCUCGUCGGACCCGGACCAGAGACUGGUCAAAUGCCCCUGCUGCUGCCAGGCUAUCCCGACCACAGAGCUGGAAGACAGCCAAUGGAGAAAACACUUGGCGAAUGACCUGUGCCCGUACACGUGCAUCCUCGAGAAUUGCCCAACGCCGUACCAUCUCUUUGUAACGCAGCAGGGGUGGAAAGAUCACGUCAUGAGUGACCACCCGCCGCAAUGGCAAUGGCAAUGUCCUUGUUGCGAAGGCGACCCUCCCGUAUUCAAGUCCAUAUCCGGAAUCACGGUUCAUCUGAUGUCUGCGCAUCUGGACGCUGCAUCCGACAGGCUCCAGGCCUUAUUGCAAGAAGCAGAACUAAACGUGAUGGGAAUAACGAAAUGCCCCUUGUGUGAUUCUGAAGGUCCUCAGGAUUCUCCAGACCUGGUUGAACAUGUUUUGCAGCACAUCCAUGACUUCUCGCUCCGUUCCCUGCCUUGGCCUGCCGACCCGACCAUCAGUCUUGACAAACCAGUUGGAACAUUCGACAUGGCCCACGCAGUCCACCAUGGCAAGGACGGCGGGGGCGACGAAUAUACCUUCGACGUCGCCGGAUGGGCUGAGACUCAAGCUCCAAGCUUCGACACGGACCGCGGGAUCAAACUUGUCUACGAUCCUGAAGGCAACCCGCUCUGUCUGGACAUCGUUGGGUGGCCAGACGAGACGACAUUAGAGAGAGAACAAUCACUGCAACUCUGUGAAGUCGACCGAAACCCACCAAAGGCUGACGCAGGGGAGUCGGUGCUGAUCGUCAAAUCUCAUAAAGAUUAUUUCUCUCACAAUGACUACUUCGUAGACGAAUCCAGCGAUGGCCGGUUCCCUUCUCAAACAUCAUCAUGCUCAUCGGAUAUACCAUCAAAUGAUGAGUCCCGGAUAGGUCCCAGCUACUUCCACAUGCUCGAGGCGGACAUGAGAGACAGCAAUGAUGGCCAGCCUGUGCCAUCAAGUCCCAUUGGACACAAGUCCCAAUCCUCUCUUCCCUCAGCAACAGUGUUCGAGAUGUAG